UAUCUCCAUUUGUCUGGUCAACGAUGUCAAGGGGCUUGAUCCCGCCCAAUAGUGGCAUAGUCUCCCCAACCAGACCUUUAUAGACGAAGGAAGACAGUCGUCCCUUCUGAUAAAGCCCCACCAUAACCACAAGAUGACGCAGAUAGAAGUGUUCUUCAAUAGCGUGGCUUCCGUGGUGAAACCUGCGACUCUAUUGAUGCUACUUCCCCAAGAUCAGACUAGUUGGUGCCAGCAGUUCGCACAGGAAGGAUACAAUGUGGUACAUUUGACGUACCCUCUUCCCCCAAAUUCUUCUUUCAAGGAUGCGAUGAAAGUCGUCGAUGACAAAAUCAUUACGCUGGGAGCUGACUGGGGACUGUUGACAUACGGUUUGACCACAGAGGAUGCGGAGACCCUUGUAUCGAAACUCGCUCUCUCGCUUGCAGAUCUGAAGGCUUGCGCUCACUUUUGCCCAGAUGCUGAGGUUACCCAUGGUUUUUUGAUGAAGGACAGCCAGAGGAGACACAUCCCAGUUACUUUUCACCUCGCUUCUUCCCAAGAAGUGCUCCAUGCCUCCCUGUUACUUUUCGAGGAUCCGGCUAAUCUUGGUUAUUCUCUCCCGACUCACUCUCGAUUACCGGUGCGGGUGUAUUCAUACCCUCUAGUGUCAAAAUUCCCACCGUUUCCCUUCUCGAUACAACCUCCCGUCAGUGUGAAUGUUAACGAUAAACAAUCGGUCGACCCCUAUCUUCGCUCGGCUUCCAGCCUAUCGCUUACUCGGACCCUCGAAUUGUUGAAGGCCCAUCUUGGCCCUCAUUUCAACCUCGAGAGGCUCUGGGAGAAGCACACUUAUUAUGAAUUUAUUGAAAGAGAUGCACCUAAGACGAUGUCUACAAUGGUUGCCACACCAUACGUCAAUCAUGUUGCAACGAUGACCGGAGGCGUCGGGUAUGAUGACCUGGCGAGAUUUUACAAGUAUCAUUUCACAACUGUAACACCGCAAGACUUUGAGCUCAUUACUGUCUCUCGGACUGUUGGUUGCGAUAGGAUUGUUGAUGAGAUGAUUUUCAAGUGCCACCACACAUCUGAAAUAGACUAUUUUCUGCCUGGAAUAGCUCCGACAGGGAAACACAUUGAGAUCGCUAUGGUGGGGAUAGUUGCCUUUAGAGGCGAUAAACUUUUCUUUGAACAUCUGUACUGGGACCAGGCCGGGAUUCUUGUGCAGCUUGGACUGUUGGACCCCUCUAAUCUUCCUGUUGCUGGGGUUGAGGUCGCUAAGAAAGUUCUGGACCCUUUCGGUAUGCCCAGUAACACACUCCUGAAAAGAUGGCAUGAAAGCAAGGGACUUCCAAUCGAUUGAGGUAAUUUGACGGUGGUCAUUGGAGGAAGCUUGACAACAGGCAGUUGUAUACAAUUCAAAUAUGAUCUUUCAAUUCAGCGCGCAGAUCUGUUACUGUUCACAGUAUGUAAUACAUUUUGGCAUCGAGAGCGACUGUGCAGUGUGAAUUGUACCUCGUUGAUGUCGACUGGCCAG